GCAUCGACGCUACUCGAAUUUUAACAGAAAAGUUGUUUUAAGAAAUCCAGCUGGUGGAUAAAUCAUUAGAGGCAAUAACACUAGCCAGUAGGCUAUAUAAAUCGUCUCAAAACGUUCUGUUUUCAUGCGGCAUUUGCGGAAGAUAAACUGAGCUCAAUAAACCUGUGUAAUUCCAUUGGUCAAUGCUUUCCCCCCCUGAAAACACCUGUCUGAGAACGGGAUUUGGAAGAAAAGUAAAUUGUAAGGCACUUUCAGGCCCCCACAUUAGGCAUGUUACUUGCCAAACAAGUCAUCCAGUAGUUUAUUAGUUUACGGAGCUCCGCCCACAGCAGCGGGAGCUCGGAGGCUCCAUUCGUCCGCUGCUCAACCAGUUCACCUCGGACACUGCAGGAUCAAAGUCGGUUGGUGGGGUUGCGCAUACCUCCGUUCUCCGGGGCAUUCCCCAGCAACCUGUCGGAUGUGGGAUAAAUAAACAUUCUACACCUUUGGGAAACCAAACAAGCGGCUUCGAUUGAGUUUAUCCGGGCAGCAUUUGCUGUUGCCAGGCAAUUGGUGAAGCAGCCUGACCAGGCUGUCUGCCCCCCUUGACACUUUACCAACCAUACAAACAGCCAAUCAUGUCGGACAUCCCCGUCAGCUGCAGAGCCCACCUCCCCCCUCAGUAACCAAUCCCAAAGCAAGAUGUCAGCGUGCGGCGAGUUUGCAGAACACGUGUGGAAGCCCGGCUCGUGUAAGAACUGCUUCCACCCGCGCAGCGCCCACCCCGCCACCGGGGGCAGCAUAGUGCCAGCCUGCCUUAGGGUCAGCCAGGCAGGAGAGGAGGAGGAUGGCAUGAGCGUGCCCUCGCCCUACAGCAAGCCCACUAUUGCCGUCCGACCCACCAUGAUGCUAAACACAGACACCAAUGAAACGCUGGCUGACCUGGGCGUCAGCUUGGGACAGGACAACCAGAAGAGUCCAGUGGAUCGUCUGGGCCUGAAGAAGAUGCUAGACCUGGCCCCUCUUUACAUAGACAGUAAUGGCUGCUCCAAAACCGUGAAGGAUGGUCCACUCCAGAACCCCAUGUCCCCCCCCAGAAAGACUGGUUACACCAGCCGAUUUUCCCCCGGACCGCUGUCCCCCUCCUCCCUGUUCUCCCCCCUGUCCCCGCCCCCCCUCCCGAAAGACUCCUUGGGGAUCAGUAGUGUCUUUGUCACCCACGGUGACGGGCGAGGCCCCCAGGGGCUCAGGGAGAAUGGAGGAGGGGGGGAGGCCCACAGGUCGCAGGUGACCAGGAGCAUCAAGAGCCCUUUCCCCGCCUCCAACGGUAUGCUGACGCAGGGGUCCCCCGGCUCGCCGGACCCCCCCCAAGCCCAUGUGGGGAUGCCCCUGUCCAUCAGCAUCAUUACCACCCCCGCCCUGGCCAGCACCAUCCACUCUGGGAACGCCUCGUCCCAGCCCCCUAGCACUUCUCCCCCUCCGUCUUCCGCCUCCAGCUCCACCACUGUCACCCUGGACUCCAUCGCCCAGACUCCUCAGCCCCCUGGCCGCUCCUCUUCCUCCUUCCUGUCUGACCCAGCCAGCCUAUCAGACUGCAGCUCCUACCGCAGCAGCACAGACUCCCUGCCUGUGCCCGAGGGCUUUGAACCUCCAGGACCAGACAGUCCAGGAAGCCCCUCGGCCUCCAGCCCUGGAUCGGAGCCUGGCGGCAGGCAGCCUGCAGACUCAGAGCCCAUCUACGCUGAGAGCACCAAGAGGAAAAGGAGGCUCCAGAGGGGGAUGGCCAGGGACGAAGGGAGGCCCCAGCAGCUUAAGGAGGAGGUGGAACUAGCAGGGGUGGAGAGCCAGAGGGCCAAGAUAACUGUAAUGGCCGCCCACACGGAGGAGAACAACCGGACGUUCUACCUGAGCAGCCCAGAUUCUGCUGUCAGCACCCAGUGGCCCCACUUCAGCCCCACAGCCCUCAAGGACCCCAGCAGCCCGGCCUUCAGGUGGCCCAGCUCAGGCUCCGACUCCCUGGGUAGUGAGAACACCCUAGUCCCAGGCUCUAGCCCGGCCUACCUCCAGCCAAAGCCCCAGUCUAGCCCCCCUAUCCCCCCUAAGAGGAACACCCGCUCGCCCAAACUGGGCACCUCCAGCCUGUCCCCGGUGCCCCUCCCAGAUCUCCCCGCCCUCACCCUCCUCUCCCCCAAGAGAGAGGAGACCCAGGGGAAGCCCCCCACGGAGCCUCCCCCCCCGGCCCCCGAGCGCAGACACAAGUUCCACGGCUCCGCCUGGAGCUGGGAGGGGCGCAUCGAGGAGGAGGAGGAGGGAGAAGUGGAGAGCCUCAGGGAGAAGAGAGCCGACCAGGGAACGGUGCUGCUCAACGGGGGGGCCGGGGGGGCUGGCUGGAGGGAGGCCAGGGCUUGGAGAGUGUCGGCGGGGGCCCCUAGCGCCAGCAACCCCCCCUCUGCGCCUGGCACGGCCCAGGACAACAAUGGUACCAGUCAGGAGAGCGAGGGCGAGGGCAUCGCCACAGAGGAGGUGGGCAAACAUAGCGCCGCCAUGCUGGCCAAGACAGCAUCUCUGAACUCCGGAGCCCUGGAGCCUAGCCCUCCACCCCCACCACCCAAAAAGCACCACAGGGUGUGUGCUAAGCUGAGUCAAAGCAGUAUGGAUCUGGAGCGCUGCAGCCAGCUGGGUUCGGUGGAGAGUCUGACCAGCUCCUUCCGAGGCCUGGGCAGUGCCAGUUUGCCCUCCGCCUCUACCGACAGCCUGCAAGGAGACCCUGCCAGGCCCCCGUCUGAGACCGGUUCCCAGGAUGCAACACGGCUUUCGUGCGCCUCUCCGUUUCCCAGAAGCCCCAUGGCCUCUCCGGGUUCCCCGCACCCCGACCCCUUCCCUAGCGGCAACAGCCACGGCAACCAGCUCCAGCCGCCGCCACUCCCGGAGAAGAAGACGGUCAGCCGCACCAUUUCUGCCCCUGACAACGCGGGGGGGAAGCCCCUGGUGCGCGCCUACCCCCGCCUGCCCUUCAGCGGCUCCGAGUCCAACAUCUGCCGCCCGGAAGGGCCCCUCUCCAGCCUUCCCUCCAGUCCUCUGGAGCCCCGCCCCCUCUACUCGUCAAGCGACUCCCUUGAACACUGCCACGCCCCCCAGGCCCGUCCCGCCCGCUCCCGAACCCUGGACGAGUCCCUGAAGGGGCGUGGCCGCCUGGGCGUGCACGGCCGCGGCAGCAUCACUUCCUCUUCGUCCCCGCAGCUCAGCGCUCCGCUCUCCGCCUCGGGCUCUGCCCUGCACCUGCACACGUUGCUCAGCAACAUGGACAGCCGCGAGGGGGUGUACUCCAAGCUGGGGGGGCUAUACGCCGAGUCCCUGCGACGCCUGGCGCUGAAGUGCGAGGAGCACUUCACCCGGAGCCAGAGGAACCCGCUGCGCUUCGACGAGAGCAACUGGUCGCUGUUCAAGCUCACCUGCAACAAGCCGUCCUGCGUGUCGGGGGACGCCCUGCUCGUCAGCAACUUCGCCAAGGCCAAGAGGCGCACCGCUGAGGACGCGGCGGCGGCCAACGCCGACCCGCGGUUCAAGCGCGACCACGCCCGCCUGGCGCCGGAGAUCGUGUCGGCCGCCCAGUACCGCAAGUUCGACGAGUUCCAAACUGGCAUCCUGAUCUACGAGCUGCUGCACCAGCCCAACCCUUUCGAGGUGAGCCCCACCCUGAGGGACCAGGACUACCGCUGUGACCAGCUGCCCCCCAUCCCCCCCCUGUCCCUCUACUCCGCCGGCCUCCAGAGCCUGGCCCGCCUGCUGCUCCAACCCGACCCCAUCAAACGCAUCCACAUCCUGGAGGCAAAGCGGGCCCUGCAGGGCCUCCUCUGGGGCCCCCGGAGGGACCUGCUGGAGCAGCAGUGGGACGGGGGCCCCGGGGGAGCCUCGGGGGCCGGCCCCCGCCACGAGGGCCUCCUCAAUUGGCUGGACGUGAAGCGAGCCCUGCUGAUGAUGAAGUUUGCCGAGCGCUCGCUGGAGCCCGAGAGGAACGCCGAGCUGGAGGACUGGCUGUGCUGUCAGUACUUCUCCUCCGCUCACCCGCUGUCGCUCUGUCACACGGCCGAGCUUCUCUACGCGCUCAAGUAGAGGCCCCCGCCCCCCCCCCCCCUCUGCGCACGCCUCGGACACACAGCUGGGCGAUCGCCCCUGGAUUGGGGCCUUUGUUGGAGCGCUAGAGAUUGUCCAGCACCUAAAAGGAGGAACGACGUGAACCAGCGUGCCUGUCUGUACAUCCUCCCCUCCAUCCAGACUGAGCGCUCUGUGUCCAUGGGUGGAGGGCAAGCCGGCAAUGGGAAUGCGCUACACACACGUGUGUGGGGGAGUACAGCGGGCCUGUAGAGAGGCCAGCCCUGCCUGUCCUCGCGCGAAGCCGUCCUCGACGGCGCCACGUCCUUAUUGACCUCCAGCUCUCUGUGCUGCGUUCAGAGCCGUAUGAACCAGUAGCAUCCUCCUGCCCGCUCUCUCAGCCCAGCUCUCGUUCACCUGAUUGAUUGUAGCAGACAUUGCAGCUUGCUCGUCUCCUCUGACUGGCUACACGUCACAGGCCAAGUUCCAUACGUGGCUCUCUCUUUCCUCUGGAUAGUAAAUACAUACCAACUGAUGACGAAACAGGAGUCGAUGACGGACGGUAGGAAUGAACAACUGAGAUCUUACUAUCUCUAGUGUUUGCUUCUAGUUAGACUCUGUUGCCCUUAUGUUAAGUUUGAUGGAGACUCACAGUGCCUUUUCUCCCCUGUGUCAGACUGGCAUCAUAGAAUUGUAAAUUGUAUUGAACUAUUCCGAUUAUUAUAUUUUGGCCAUGUGAAACAGGACUUUCACGGAGCGCGUGUGUGUGUGUUUGAGGAGACGGGCUGAACUUUGUGCAGAGAGCAUCUUAACAGGUGAAUGCUACUUAACAGCAGUGAAUGAACAGUCAAUGUAUUUAUAUUAUCCAAUCUGUUUACCCAGUAGCUGUCACUGGAACGCCUUUGUUUAGGUUUACUGUUUGUGUUGCUUGUUUUGUUGCUUGGAGCUGCCGUUGUUGUGUUGCUGGCUCAGUCACACCUGAUUUGGAUCCCUGGAUCCUCCUGUCUCUGCCCAGCAACACCGAACAGAUACCGUCCAGCUAUCACUCUGCUGUCAUGAUGUCCAGAGAAACCAGAACAUGCCGUCUAACGACUAAUACUCGUAUUAAUCCAGUUGGUUUGUGUAAGCCUCACCGGCAUCAAUAAACUGUAAAUAUGUUUUCACACGUGCUAA